CUCCUCCUCUUUACCCUCUUCGGGCUCAGCAGCCGAGCGGCCCGGCUGCUCCGUCCUCCGGGAGCCCGCGGCGAUGUUCACCCGCGCCGUGAGCCGACUUAGCAGGAAGCGGCCGCCGUCUGAUAUCCAUGAUGGUGACGGGAGCUCCAGCAGCAGCCACCAAGGCCUCAAGAGUACGGCCAAGUGGGCAACCUCCUUGGAGAAUCUUCUGGAAGACCCAGAAGGCGUGAAGAGAUUCAGGGAAUUUUUGAAAAAGGAAUUCAGUGAAGAAAAUGUCUUGUUUUGGCUAGCGUGUGAAGAUUUCAAGAAAAUGGAGGACAAGAAUCAGAUGCAGGAGAAGGCCAAGGAGAUCUACAUGACCUUCCUGUCCAACAAGGCUUCUUCACAAGUCAACGUGGAGGGACAGUCUCGGCUCAGUGAAAAGAUUCUGGAAGAACCACACCCUCUGAUGUUCCAGAAGCUCCAGGACCAGAUCUUCAAUCUCAUGAAGUAUGACAGCUACAGCCGCUUCUUGAAGUCUGACUUGUUUUUGAAACACAAGAGGACGGAGGAAGAGGAAGAAGAUCCUCCCGAUGCUCAAACCGCAGCUAAACGAGCUUCCAGAAUUUACAACACAUGAGCCCCCGAGAGCCAGAGGAGUAGAGGGAUGGACUCUUGGAACUGUGCAGGGUUGUCAUCGCUUGUCACAUUUGAGGACUGAAGUGUGCCAGACCUUCCCGUGGGAUAUGUGUAUUUUAUUACAUGUUUGACCAGUAACUUUUGCAUGAUGACUAAUCUUCCAUUAAAAACAAAGUAGCUUUGAAGUUUCAGUUCACAAAACAAACGAGAUUCCGCCAACACUGGACACUCAGAGCAUUUUAAUCCUAAUUAAAUUUCCUGUGAAGCCACAGGUGAAGCCUU